UAAUAAUGCGACGUUCGCGCUGAAACCACAAUACAGCUGAACCGGUUACCUUGACUGCAUUAUAAGAACAAGAUUUAAAAUCUUGUCAGGCUUAAUUUAUUUUCAAGUUGAACCCGUGUGUUUGUGCCUGCCCGUUACAUAAAAGGAUCAACAUUGAAAAUGUUCAAGUACUUUGUGGUGUUAGCAUUUGUUGCUGUUGCGUCAGCAGAGAGAAAAGCCGCUGUUAGAAUCAGUCCAGACGGCGCCUUCAAAGCCAGUGGAACUGUUUACUUCACAGAAGUGGCCGGAGGGAUACAAAUAACAGGAAAUCUUACUGGAUUGGAGCCAGGUCUCCAUGGUUUUCACGUUCAUGCCAUUGGUGACAUUACACGAGGAUGUGCUUCAGCUGGACCACACUUUAACCCACAAAAUGUAACCCACGGUGGCCGAAAUGCCAGUGUACGUCACGUUGGUGAUUUGGGCAACGUUGAAGCCGAUGUAAAUGGAAUUGCAAUUUUUGAAUUUGUUGACUCAGUUAUCUCUUUGGAUGGUACCAACAAUAUCAUUGGCAGAGCUGUGGUGGUACAUCAAGAUGCAGAUGAUUUGGGAUUGGGUGAUAAAUCCGAUUCUCUAACCACAGGACACGCUGGUGCCAGAUUAGGAUGUGGUGUCAUUGGAACACUAAGCAGCACAAAUGGAUCCGAAAAACAAUCAACAUUCUUGUCUAUCACUUUGGCAAUAAUUGUUGCUGCUCUACGUCGACUUUUGUAAAUUAUCGAUCUAUAACCUUGUCGGAAUCCUCGAGUUUCAAGUUUUUCUUCGGGCAAUCAAAUUCUUUCUUGACGAACUUUUGUUGGUAUACAUUUAUUUAAACUUGAAUUACUGAGAGUGAAAUAUUAAGUGUCGAUUGUCUUAUGUGGAACUUAAUUUGAAUCCUGAUCUAAUGUUUAUCUUCCGAUUUUUAUCCGAAGUAAAAGUGCGUCCUCCUGCUUGUGUUAAAGAUUGGGUUAGUUAGUAUAAGCUAGUGGCGUUCUGCGCUACUGCGAUUUAAAUUUAACAGUCCGUUUAUUAACUAAAUAUUAUGAUGUAAAGGAAGAUUAGGCAAAAGUAGGCAUGUCGAAAAACAAUUAGGAAAUAGGUGUAUAAUUUCAAUUUAGGGUAGGUUCUAAUAUUCUUCUCCUGAUAAGUGUUUUAAUAAACCUUUUGGUUUAUUGAAACAUUUAAAGGAUACAAUAAUUAUUUACUACACCCAAUAAUAAAAAAAUAUGUUUAAAAAAGAGAGAAUAUAUUUUAGUUAUAUAAAAUAUCGUUACAUAAGUAGUUCAUAAUAAUAGAGGAUAC